AUGCAAAAACUGCAACAGCCGGGGAGGGGUGUCUUGAGAAGGACUGGCAGCCCUCCCCCCGUUUCUCUUCGGCGGCUUCCUACAGAAGGAAAAGGUUGGCUUUCUUUUCUCCUACCUUGUCACGAAGAGAAUACCAUGAAACCAUUUUAAAUGACAGAUAAAAUAACAUAUUCCUCCAGCAAAAUUAUGAUGGAGGUCGGGAAGUGGCCUAUAUUUACAUUGCUUUCACCUCAAGAAAUUGCAACUAUUCGAAAAGCAUGUGUAUUUGGAACAUCUGCCAAUGAAGCUAUAUACAUUACCCACAGUGAUGAGGUUUUUGUAUUUGGACUAAACUGCAGUAAUUGUCUGGGAACUGGAGAUAAUCAGAGUACUAUUGUACCAAAAAAACUUGAAAGUUUAUGUGGAAAGAGGAUCUGCAGUCUUAGCUAUGGAAGUGGGCCUCAUGUGAUCCUUAGUACAGAAGAUGGUGAAGUUUAUGCCUGGGGACAUAAUGGAUAUAGUCAGCUUGGGAAUGGGACAACCAACCAGGGUGUGACGCCUAUUCAGAUUUCUACUAAUUUGCUCAUUAAGAAAGUAACCGAAGUAGCUUGUGGUUCCCACCAUUCUCUUGCAUUAUCCGCUGAUGGAGAUGUAUAUGCCUGGGGCUAUAACAACUGUGGACAAGUUGGGUCAGGAUCAACUGCAAAUCAGCCAACUCCUCGCAGAGUCUCCAAUUGUUUACAGGCUAAGGUAGCAGUCAGCAUUGCCUGCGGUCAAACUUCUUCUGUUGUGGUCAUAGAUAAUGGGGAGGUCUAUGGCUGGGGCUACAAUGGCAAUGGACAACUGGGUCUGGGAAAUAAUGGCAAUCAGUUAACUCCAUGCCGGGUGGCAGCUCUUCAAGGGGUGUGUGUAAUGCAGAUUGUCUGUGGCUAUGCACACACGCUAGCACUAACAGAUGAGGGUUUACUGUAUGCCUGGGGAGCAAACACUUAUGGGCAGUUGGGGACUGGCAACAAAAGCAACCAUCUCAGCCCAGUGCAAAUCAUGAUGGAAAAGGAGAGGGUCGUCGAGAUUGCCGCUUGCCAUUCUACUCACACAUCUGCUGCCAAGACACAGAGUGGCUUAGUGUACAUGUGGGGCCAAUGUCGGGGGCAGUCGGUGGUCCUGCCCCAUGUUACCCACUUUUCCUGCACAGAUGAUGUGUUUGCUUGCUUUUCCACUCCUGCUGUGAUGUGGCGUCUCCUCUCCGUUGAGCAUGAGGAAUUUUUAACAGUGACAGAGUCUCUGAAGAAAGAAUUUGAUAGCCCUGAAACAUCAGAUCUAAAGUUUAGAGUGGAUGGAAAAUUUAUUUAUGUACAUAAAGCCGUUUUAAAAAUCAGAUGUGAGCACUUCCGUACUAUGUUCCAGUCCUAUUGGAAUGAAGACGAGAAGGAAGUGAUAGAUGUAGAUCAGUUUUCCUACCCAGUGUAUCGUGCUUUUCUUGAGUACUUAUACACCGACAAUGUUGACUUGCCACCUGAAGAUGCUAUAGGGCUUCUGGAUUUAGCUACAUCAUACUGUGAAAACCGACUGAAAAAACUGUGUCAGCAUCUCAUCAAAAGAGGAAUCACAGUGGAGAAUGCUUUCUCGCUGCUCUCUGCAGCAGUGCGCUAUGAUGCAGAGGAUUUAGAAGAAUUCUGCUUUAAGUUUUGUAUCAAUCACUUGACUGAAGUCACCCAGACAGCUGCCUUCUGGCAAAUGGAUGGUUCUCUGCUAAAGGAAUUCAUUGCUAAAGCCAGCAAAUAUGGAGCCUUUAAGAACUGAGAGCACUCUGAUAGCAACCGGAAGCAAAAUAUCUUGUAUGGAAUAAAGGGAAUUUUGAGAAAGGAAUCAUCCUCUCUGUAUAUAUGUGAAUGAAAUUUGCACCGUCAUUUGAGAAGAAUUUGUGAAAAAUGCUUCAUUUCUCUAUACGUCUUUCUGGGAAUAAGUCUCACUGAAUUCAGUGGGAUAUAAUAAAUUUGCGCUGUAAGUACAUUGAGUUAUACAAUAACUUGAAAUGUUGAAGAACCAAUUUGUUUUUCCUAAACAAAUUGGAAUUAUUGUUUUUGUAUUUCCUUUGUAGUGUAUUAUGUUUGGAAAAGAAUUAAAUAUUGUUUUGUUUUGUGGACUUAAAUAAUUCUAAGUAAUUGACUGUUGGAAAGCUGUUUUGCAUUGCAAUUAUGUAUAAACUAUAUAAUAAAAUGGGUGCCUGCCUAUUGUAACCUCUAAACUAUAUUAAAGUUGUGCACUAAAUCAUCUUUAUAUGAAGACUAUGGCAUUCUGGAUGGACUCCUUUUUUCACCAAAAAUGUUGGAAUGAAGUUAGGAAGUUAAUUAUCUGUGCAGCAAUUCCAAAAUGUGAAUAAAUGAGAAAAGGUAUUAAUAAAGUCUUUUGGAGUAUUUGC